AUGUUCCUCUUUUCAAUUCUUUUUUGCCGCUUCUUUAUAUCACCAUUUUUUUUCUCUCCUCUUCCUAUUCCUCUUUUUAUUUGUCUUUUCGUCACCGGCCCUUCUUUCACUCCUCCUCCUGCAGGGCAGCUCCCCCCCCUCUCUCUCUCUCUCUCUCUCUCUCUCUCUCUCUGCGUUAAACACUUUUCUUGCUCCGCUAUAUCCCUAUCUCUCUCCAUUCCUCUCUCUCUAUCCCUCCCUCUAAUCCUAUCUCUGUCUUUCUCCGUUCAUAUCUCCCUUACAUAUACAGGCAAACAAAGGCCGUCAUCUUCCUCGCCCGUCGUUUCAUUUCUUUCCCUCCACUUCGUUAAUGAACCUCGCUACUUUUUUUCUCCUUUCAAUUCUUUCUCAAUCUCUUUUCGUUACAUCUCUAUUCAUUUUUCUCGCUCUGACGAUAAACCUACCGUAUCUUAUAGCAUACAAGAACUGCAGGUAUAUAAGACCCCCUUCAUUCAAGAUGUAUAUUAA